CGCAUAAAAAGAGAAAAAGAUAAGGUGUAUGCACAUGGAGGCUGCUUUCAGAAAAUCUAAUAUUCAUGGAGGUCAUGUAGUCAAAGAGGACAUAAAGGUUAGAGCUCAUCAUGAAGAAGGUGUUUUUGUUGAAGAUAUUAAUAAUCUUAAGAUUGGAAAGGAAAGAGAAGUCUAUAAGGAUGAUAUUUCGAAGUUCUCUCAUCAAAAGGAUCACGCCAGUGAAAAGGAGGACGAUCAGCUGGAAUCAGCCAAAGCCGAUAUGGAAGAGGUAAUGGAAGAAAAUCAAAGGCUGAAGAAGCAUUUAGAUCGAAUUAUGACAGAUUAUCAGAACCUUCAGAUGCAAUUCCACGAAGUUGCUCAAAGAGAUGCUAAAAAAACUAAUAAUGUUAAACAUGACAAAGUUGAACUUGUGUCCCUUAGCCUCGGAAGGACUUCAAGCGACACUAAAAAGGAGCUAUCCAAAUUAAUUUUGAGCAGAAAAGAGAAUGGGGAGGAAGAAGAUAACCUAACCCUAGGAUUGGAUUGCAAAUUUCAAUCGUUUACGAAUAAGCCUACAAAAUCUUCACCUUCAAAUGUCAGUCUGGAGAAUAGCUUAGGAGAAUUUAAGGACGACGAAAAAGGAGCUGAAACAUGGCCACCAGCUCACAAAGCUCUCAAGACGAUGAGGAAUGAAGAAGAUGAUGUGGCACAACAAAACCCUACUAAAAGAGCAAAGGUUUCUGUCAGAGUUAGAUGUGAUACCCCAACGAUGAACGAUGGAUGUCAAUGGAGGAAAUAUGGACAAAAAAUUUCAAAAGGGAACCCAUGUCCUAGAGCUUACUACCGUUGUACGGUAGCACCAUCCUGUCCUGUAAGAAAACAGGUUCAAAGAUGCAUUCAGGACAUGUCAAUCUUAAUCACUACAUAUGAAGGAACACAUAACCAUCCACUUCCUCUUUCAGCCACAUCAAUGGCUUUCACCACUUCCGCAGCCGCUUCCAUGCUAUUGUCCGGUUCAUCCAGUUCCGGAUCGGGCGCCACAAGUACCACAACCUCUGCCCCAACCAACGCGCUCAACUAUUAUCUCUCUAAUAGCUCAAAACCAAACCCAUUUUACCUUCCAAAUUCAUCCAUUUCUUCUUCAUCACACUCGCAGUACCCUAUUAUCACUCUUGAUUUAACAUCAAGCUCGUCCGCUUCCUCAUUGCCCGUCCCCCAUCACAGAACGAACACUAAUUAUCCCCCGCGAUAUAAUGAUAAUUCUACCACGAAUAUUCUCAAUUUCAGUUCCUUUGAAUCUAAUCCUCUUUUUCACAUGUCUUGGAGUAACGGAAAUAACCAAGCCUAUCACAAGAACCAAGAAAUUCUUUCACAAUCUUACCUACAAAACAAUAUUAUAAGCACGACGCCUUCACAAACUUUAUUACAACAAGACACAAUUGCAGCUGCAACAAAAGCAAUAACAUCCGACCCGAAGUUUCAAUCUGCAUUGGCUGUUGCUCUUACAUCUAUCAUUGGCUCACGCAGCGGAAAUCAUCAUAUGGAUGAAAAAUCUGGGCAGAAUUUGAAGGUUACUGAGCCAUUUCCAGUGCUUUGCAGCUUCCCAUCCACCUCUACCGGUGAUCACAAAGAUUAUACACACUGAUUCAUUUUAAUUUCUUUAGUUAGAUUUUUUGCUUGUACAAGUAAGAAACUGGUAGUGGCAUUAUCAAUUAAUCAGG